GCCAGAACCAGCCCCAUCCCAGUCAGCACCUCAUAAGCCGCCUUUCCCGCCAGUUUCCAUCCCGCUGACUCGAGUCAGACGUGCUCUAGCCAGAUCGCGUCCAGAACUCUCCUCUGUUACUAUUUUGCUCGAAUUUCGCACACCUUUUCGCGCUUCAUGCGGCGAGCGGUUAUCCAGCGCGCCUCUCGCACCACCGGCAGGCUCACGUUCCUGCAGGCUCUGCGGAGUUCGCCGUUAGCUGCUGAGCCCGUUAAUAGUAACGGUACUGCCUGUAUCGGAGCCAGCAACUUCGCGAAUGUUCCAGUAGGGGGGGGUGGAUGUAGGGUGCUCUCUUCAAUCUCUAGGCCUUCUGCACCAGGUUCUUAUAUCGGUGGAUCCGGUAUCGCUCCCUCCGUUAGGGCGUUGGAUCGAAGGCGGUUGGUCCAUUCUUCCGUACAAGCUCGGGCUCAGGCCACGUCACAGCAGACGAGAUCCGCGUCAGCGAUGACGUCAUCGGAGGAAACGAUUGUGGUGGAGAAGGACACGUCAGCAGCCACGGUGGUGCUAAAUCGGCCCAAGGCUCUCAACUCCCUUGACACGUACAUGGUCAAGCGCAUGAAGCAGCUGUAUACCAAGUGGGAGCAGGACCCAGCAGUCAAGAUGAUACUUCUGAAGGCCAAUGGACGGGCCUUUUGUGCGGGCGGGGAUGUGCGGACGGUGUACCAGCAGGGGAAGCAGGGCAAGGUGGCUGACUGCUGCGAGUUCUUCCGCUCAGAGUACGAGCUCAACUACCUCAUCGCGUGCCUCACCAAGCCCCACGUGGCACUCAUCAACGGGGUCGUGUUUGGCGGCGGCAACGGCAUCUCCAUGCACGGGCCGUUCCGAGUGGUCACUGAGAACGCUGUCUUCGCCAUGCCUGAGACGGCCAUUGGCCUGCACCCAGACGUUGGUGCCUCCUACUUCCUCUCUCGCCUCCCGGGCCACAUGGGAGAAUACCUAGCCCUGAGUGGAGCCAGGGUCCUGGCACCUGACAUGCUUUCCUUGGGCCUAGCUACUCACUUCAUACCUUCGGAUCGGCUGCCGAGCCUGGAGAACAGGCUCGGGUGCAUAGGCACGGGUGAUCCUGAAGCAAUCCACCUGGCUAUCCAGGAGCAUGCAGAGCGGGUGCUGCCCGCUAAAGGGGGGAUAAUAUCGAGGGCUGCAGUCAUAGACGCCUGCUUCAGUAAGAGCACAGUGGAAGGAGUAUUCACCGCCCUUUUGAAUCACGCGUCUGCCACUUCAGCGAGCCACCCGGGGUGGAGUGCUGACGAUGCGGCGUGGGCAGCAGAGACGCAUGCACUGCUUGCGCGCAUGUCCCCGACGGCGCUAAAAGUGUCUUUUAGGAGCGUGAGGGACGGCAGGAUGGAGUCGCUGGCGCAGUGCCUGCAGAAGGAGUAUCGGCUGAGCGUGCGUGCUUGUAACGAGGCUGUGACGGGGGACUUUUACGAGGGAGUGCGAGCGGUGUUGGUGGAUAAAGAUGGGAAGCCCAAGUGGAACCCCGUUCAGCUCUCCCAGGUGUCGGCCCGCACUGUCUCCAGUCUCUUUGAGCCACUGUCUCCGAAUGAGGAGCUUCGCCUGCCGGUGCGUGGGAGGGCGCAUGGCGCACGCUUGUGACAAUCCUCACCUCAGGGGCGUUGUCCCCAGCCUCUUUGGGCCACUGCGCCCUGAGGAGGAGCUUUGCCUGCCCAUGCGUGGGAGGGAAGGUGGUGGUGGUGAGAGGAAUGAUUACAAGCGCAGUGCACGCAUGUGAUAGCCCCUUGGGGGUGACGCGGCCAUUCUAGGACAGGAGAUUCUGAUUCCCACUGCUUUGUGGGAAGGAACUUUACUUGCUUGUGGAUGACAAGGAGGGUGUGGUGGUGACAGGGAUGCUCACCACGUUUGUGAUAGCCCCUCACUGGAGGUAAUUUGGCGAGAACGAUACCAGGUGGUGUGAUGCAGGACAAUUUUAUGCAGUAGAAGAGUUCAACUGUUCUAUCAAAUAACUGUUCUGAACUGGAUUUGGAUGUGGCGUGGGGCUGCAAUAUGUUAAAUUAAAUAUUGAGUUAUAUAAUUGUUAGGCUUGGUAGGUUACCGAAUUUUACUGUGGAGGGUACAAUCCCCUCCUUGUAUGCCUCUCUCUUUCUAAUCCAAC